AUGGGCGACGUCAACAGCAUGACUGGCUUAAGAGCCUUUCGGAUUGUGCGGAUCACCCGCAUCGUCAAGGUGGUGCGCUUGAUGCGAGUCUUUCGCUUCGUGCAAGCCUUCCGAACCUUGAUUGCCUCCAUCGCAGACACGUUGAAGUCCCUGUUUUGGGCGCUGAUGUUACUUGUGGUCAUCGUCUACGUGUUUGCUGUUCUCUUCACGCAGGCUGUGAACGAUUACUUGGCUGACGAGACGAAUCCACCACUGCCCGAGCAUGAGCUGCAGGCGGCGCAGCAGUUUUUCGGCACGCUGUUUGACACGAUGUUGAACCUGUUCAUGGCCAUCUCUGAUGGUAUCAGUUGGCACCUCAUGCUGUCUCCAUUAAGAUGGAUCUCACCAGCAUGGGUCUUCCUCUUUUUGUUUUAUAUUUUUUUCACCUACUUUGCGGUCCUCAACGUCGUUACAGCUGUCUUCUGCCAAUCCGCCAUGGAGAGCGCGCAGAACGACCACGCGGCGAUGGUGCACUCCGUGCUGAAGAACAAGCAGGCUCAUAUCAGCAGAAUUCGCCAGCUCUUCAGCAAGAUCGGGGACGAGAAGACUCAAACCAUCACCUUCGCACGCUUCGAGGAGAAGAUCAACUCGCCCGCUGUUCGUGCGUACUUUGAGGUCCUGGGCCUUGACGUGUGGGAUGCGUGGUCUUUCUUCAAACUUCUGGACCUCGAGUCUGGUGGUGACGUGAAAAUCGAGGAGUUCUUGAUGGGUUGCCUGCGGCUCCGCGGUCAAGCGAGAGCCAUCGACGUUGGAAAGCUCAUUCACGAUCAGACAUGGCUGAUCCGAAACCAGGGCAAAUUCCAGACGUUCGUGGAAGUGGAGAUCAACAAGCUGCAAGAGCAAAUGACAUGGCUCACUGGGAUUACAUUCCAACCGCCAGUCAGACGGGACUCUGUACGUGGCAGGAAGAAGACCGAAGAUCAUGAACAGAUGGAGGCAAAACUUAAAGAAAUCAUGACUGGCGCCGGCGCGUGGCUCGUGGAUGAUGAAUGA